CGGAGCCGCCCAUCGGGACCGUCCCACUCGGCCCGCUCCCGGCAGGGACGCCGGCGGAGCCUGGCGCUGUCCCCACGCUUCGCUUAAAGCGCGCAAGUUUUGUGCUGGAGACCAGGGACUCGCACUCCACGCCUGCGAGGAAAGCUGACCUCCGUUUGGGACGUUUGGGGAGCCCGAGCUUGCACCUGGCCCCCCCGAAGCUCCAGCCGUGCGUUACCGCUGCCCGGACUGCACCCGAGGGUCGUGAGGCUCCUACACUCGGCGUCUCCGUGAAAAAAUGUCCCGAAGCCAGUUGCAAUCCGUGGAAUGAAUGCGUGUGCUCCGUGGCGGGGGGAUCCCUCUCCAGCCGGCCGCAUCUGAACGCUGGCUACGGCCCCUCGGUCCAAUUCCAGGUUGCAGCAGAACCACUUCCUGAUUCUUGGGCCGAGUAUCUGCCUCGGAAACAUCUCUGAAGUCCUCCCACAUCCUGCCUGUGGCUCCCUUUACAAUCACAGUUCACAGCCACAGAAAGCUACACGGAGUAGCUGCAUAAGGCCACCAAAAGGCUUACCAAAGAAUGCCCGCGUGGAAGGAUUUUGAAGUGCCCGUGCCUGCACUUUAUAGUGUGUACCAUUCUUUUUCAAAAAUGAUGUUGGAAGAAAACUAGUAUAUGAAAUAAGAUCUUUUCCCAUUUUUAAUGGCCAACAUGUAUUAAAUUAGAAACAUCUAUUCUACAGAAUCCAAAAUUCUAUGGUUUCAAAGCAGCAAGUGCCCACUGGAAACAGACCUGAGUGGACAUGAGAAUGUUUGUUAAUGGCAGACGAGUCAAAAAAUGGCAGUUUUUACAGUUAUUCACCACUUGUUUCAUUCUAAGCUUCAUGGUUUUUUGGGGACCAAUCGAUAAUUCCAUUGUGAGCCAUAUGAAAUCCUACUCUUACAGAUACCUCAUAAAUAGCUAUGACUUUGUGAAUGAUACCCUGUCUCUCAAGCACAGCUUGGAGCAGCCUCGGUACCCAUACUUAAUUAACCACAAGGAGAAGUGUCAAGCUCAAGAUGUCCUCCUCCUGCUCUUCAUCAAAACUGCUCCUGAGAACUAUGACCGACGCUCUGCAAUCAGAAAGACGUGGGGCAGUGAGAAGUAUGUUCGCUCCCAACUUCACGCCAACAUCAAAACCCUGUUUGCCUUGGGAACUCCUGGUUCACUAAGGAGAGAAGAACUGCAAAGGAAACUGGUCUGGGAAGAUCAAGUGUACCAUGACAUAAUUCAGCAAGACUUUGUUGAUUCUUUCUACAACCUUACUCUAAAAUUGCUCCUCCAGUUCAGUUGGACAAAUACCUUUUGUCCACAUGCCAAAUUCCUGAUGACUGCUGAUGAUGACAUAUUUAUUCAUAUGCCAAAUCUUAUUGAGUACCUUCAAGGUUUAGAACAGAUUGGUGUUCGAGACUUCUGGAUUGGCCGCGUGCAUCGCGGUGCUCCUCCCGUUAGGGAUAAAAGCAGCAAGUACUACGUCCCCCAUGAAAUGUACCAGUGGCCAGCUUACCCUGACUAUACUGCUGGUGCUGCCUACGUUGUUUCCAGUGACGUAGCUGCCAAAGUCCAUGAGGCGUCCCAGACCCUGAAUUCUAGUCUCUACAUAGAUGACGUGUUCAUGGGCCUCUGUGCCAAUAAAAUGGGGAUAGUGCCACAGUACCAUGUGUUUUUUUCUGGGGAAGGUAAGGCUCCUUACCAUCCCUGCAUCUACGAAAAAAUGAUGACAUCUCAUGGACAUGUACAGGAUCUUCAGGACCUAUGGAAGGAAGCUACAGAUCCUCGAGUGAAAAAUGCUUCAAAAGGGUUUUUUGGGCAAAUAUACUGCCGGUUGGUUAAGAUAGUACACCUUUGUGGAUUGACGCAUAGGGACACGUAUCCCUGCAGGGCUGCAUUUGUGUAAUAGUACUUGAGUGCUGUGUCUUCACUGUCACUGAGCCAAACUGGGACAAAAACCCUUAAAAUGUUUGUCUGAACUCUAAGUAACUGAAUAGAACGACAGGUUUUGGAAGCUGUCAGAACAGUUCUUGAUUACAGGAGCUAUUCAAUGUAACAUAUCUAAUGAACUCAUGGCCUAAAUUCAUUUCAAGGAACCCAUAUUUUAAAAGGUUUUUGUUAUGAAGCCCAGUAUGGUGUGGCGCACCUCUUUAAUCCCAGCAUCUGGGAGGCAAAGGUAUUAGGAUUGCUGUGAGUUCAAGGUCACCUUGAGACUACAUAGUGAAUUCCUGGUCAGCCUGGGCUAGAGUGAGACCCUACCUCAAAACAAACAAAACAAAACAAAAUUACCUUAUGAGCAAAAACAAAACUAAGUUGCCAGUUACUGCCUCAUGUAUAUUUGAGGUGUUGAGAAGCAGAAUGAGGGCUUUUGGAAAAUACCCAGCCAAUAUGUAGCAUUUCUAAGAAAUUAUCUGUAGAACAUUUGAUUUGUGUUAAAGAACUCUGGUAGAUGUAGGUGGUGGAGAGAAACAGUAUAUCUGGUGAGAGAGAAGAAAAUGUCUACAGUUUCAUUCUAAAUAGUUAAAAUCACUUAUUGGUGGCAUUCAUGUAGCUAUUUACCCAGAUUGUAUUAGCAUCAUUUAAAAUAUCUUUUAUAUCUUUCUCAAAGUUUAAUGAAAAAAUUUGGAAAACACAUUAGCUCUCCCCUAACUUUAAUGUGCGCUUUCAUCCUUAAUACUAGAAACAAACAAACAAAACAAACAAACAAACAAACAAAAAAAAACCAGAGAUACAAAACAUGGGUAGUUUGUUACCCCACAGCCUUUCACUAGAGAGAAAUCAUUGUCAAUUCCAAUAAGCUGAUUAUUAUUUAAUGAAUUUUUCCACUUGUUUUUCAAUAUUGAUCUGUAUUUAAGAUAGUUGCUGGAAUACUGUUUGCAUAAUGGAGGAGACUUCAAAGGGAAAGAUAGAGUUGGGCGUGUAGCUCAGUGGUACAACUAUUGGUUAGUGAGCUGUGGGUUCCGUCCUCAGCACCAUAAAGUAAAUAAGUAGGUAAAUAAAAUGACAUUCAAAGUCUUUUUUCCCAGUGACUUGUAAAAUAUAAUUUUGGUGUCUAAAUGAUUAUACACUAUGACAGUUAACCCACCACUAACAAAACCUCAUACACCACAGUACUUUAAGUGCAGCGUUUCAGUUGAGAGUUUUAAAUCAAUGCUAUAGUAUGUAAAGCAACCUACAGCCAAUGGGAUCAAGAGCGUUUGGAGCAUUGCAUCAUCCGUAUGGUCAGGGCUUUGGCUGGAGUCUAAUAAAUGAAGUUAAUUUAUUUUACAAAUCAGGAUAAAAUGGGGCCAUGAUGCUAAUAAUUCCCCCCCCCCCACAGAAGAGAUUAAGUGAUAUUGCUAGAGAGAUUAUAUGACUUAAAAAAUAGUUGAGCUGGUUAUAAGACCUUUAGUAGAGUACAUACAGACAUCUCAUUUAAUAUGAAGUCAGAAACAUGCAGAACAACUAGAAUAUCUCAGAAUAUCAACUGGACGAUGAUAUUUGUAAUUUUUAACAGGUAUAUUUUUAAUGUUUACAGAAAUCUUUUGUUAAUUUUUCUAUUUUGAAAUUUCAGGCUUGUUUACAUUGCUUAGGUUAGUUCUUUUUAACUAAUGUCAAGGCCUUGGUGUCAAAUAUUCUAAGAAUAAUUACUUUUAGAGUAGAUGUAGGAUUUCAGACCAUUACAGUUCAAAUUUUCUGACCAAUUUAAAGCUGUAGAGAAUAAAAGCACAUUUGGACAAAAGUUUAUAAUUAAUUUUUAUCAGUUGAUUCUUUAAUAACUGUUUGCCUUUGGACUAUACAUACUCUAGGUAUCUAUACUUGGAACUGUUAAAAUUUGCUAUUGAUUGAAAACAAUGGUUAUCUGUCUGGUCAUUGAAGUAAUCUUGUUUACAGCAACACUUUUAUGAAACAGUUAUUUAUUUGUUGAUAGAGCUCUCGAACUGUGGUCAUCAUUUUUAUUUUUACUUUGAAUAGAAUGCAACACGUUUGAAUUGAGAGGAAGUAUGAAGGCAAUUCCUGUUUUUAGAAGGAAGUUGCUAGAUGAAUCCUUUAUCAGACUUAAAGGACUGAGAAGAGUAUUUGUAAAUAGAACUGUUCUAACCUUUUAAAAAGGAUGGAAAAACUUUGGGUACUCCAUGCAAGGUUUAAAAAAAAAAAAUCAAAAGGGAAAAUAAACUAUUGGC